UUCAGUAUGAGGCGGGGUGGAUGGCGGAAACGAGCUGCCGAUGGCGAUGGCUGGGGAAUAUGGGGAGGGUACAUGUCGGCAAAGGUUAAGAAAUUGGAGGAUCAGUUCCGGUCAGAUUCAGCCAUACAGCAACAGAGGGAUGGAAAUUCAUCAAGUAUCUUUAGUGGAGUCGCCAUCUAUGUCAAUGGCUUUACAGAUCCCUCAGCUGAUGAAUUAAGACGGCUAAUGAUGUUGCAUGGAGGCCAAUACCAUGUGUAUUAUUCUAGAUCAAAAACAACUCACAUCAUUGCCACAAAUCUUCCAAAUGCCAAAAUAAAAGAAUUGAAAGGUGAAAAAGUAGUUCGGCCAGAGUGGAUCAUGGAAAGCAUUAAAGCUGGACGUCUCCUCUCGCACAUUCCGUAUCAGCUUUACACCAAGCAGACAAGCAUUCAAAAAAGUCUCAACUUCAAUAGCAAAUGCAAACCUGAAGAUGCCAUGCCAGGUCCAAGCAAUAUAGCUAAAGAUCUCAACAGGGUAAAUCAUGUUAAAAAGCGUGAAGUGGAAGACGAGAUCACACCCAAUGGAAUAAAUAGCUGGAAUGAAGAAGAGGAGGAAGAAAGUGAUGAUUUUGGAUUUACAGAGCUGGAACAGAUCCUUCCUGGACGGAAACAAAAUGGGAUUCAGUUGUCUCACAAAGACAGCACUGCCAUUUUUAAUGGACACACACACACUUCUGCCAGUGCCUUAAAGACACAGGAUUGCUUGGUGAACUCCGGCAACGGUGUUGUAAGUAGGCUCUCUCCAAUUCCUGUGCAGGAGGAGGGGAAGACUGAAAAAGGCGUGGUUGACUUUAGAGACUGCACAACACAGCAGUUGCAGCAAAGCAACAAAAAUACAGACUUUCCUUGGAAUCCACAUAGGACUAUGAGUAAUUCAUCCUCAUCUUCAUCUUUGCACAGUAAUGCUAAAAUAAAUGGUGCUCACCACUCCACUGUUCAGGGGCCUUCAAGCACAAGAAGCACUUCUGUACCUGCUCCUAGCAAGGCAGCUUCCUUACCUGUGUCCAAACCUUCAGAUUGUAGUUUUAUUUCUGACUUCUAUUCACGUUCAAGACUGCAUCAUAUAUCAACGUGGAAGUGUGAACUGACAGAGUUUGUCAACAGCCUGCAAAGAAAAAACAGUGGUGUCUUUCCAGGAAGGGAAAAAUUAAAAAAAUGGAAAGCAGGCAGGUCUGCACUUAAAACUGACACAGGUAAUGUGUCUGUUGCGAACUCAGCCAAGCCACAGAGCUGUAUAAUGCACGUGGAUAUGGAUUGCUUCUUUGUGUCUGUGGCUAUCCGAAAUAGACCAGAUCUCAAAGGAAAACCGGUAGCUGUUACUAGUAACAGAGGUGCAGGAAAGGCACCACUGCGCCCUGGUGCAAACCCCAAGCUUGAACAGCAAUAUUACCAGAAUAAGCUCUUGAAUGGCAAAGCAGAAAUUAGAGUGCCUGAUAAGCUGGACUCGUCAGUCUGGGAGCAUCCGGAUUCCACACACGUGAAUGGAGCUGACUUUGAUCUCACUGUUCUGUCCAUGGCUGAAAUAGCAUCUUGUAGUUACGAAGCCAGACAAGUCGGCAUAAAGAAUGGAAUGUUUUUUGGCCAAGCAAAAAAGUUGUGUCCAAAUCUUCAAGCAGUUUCGUAUGAUUUUGAUGCGUACAAAGAAGUUGCACGGACAGUAUAUGAAAUAUUAGCAAGCUAUACUCAUAACAUCGAAGCAGUCAGUUGUGAUGAAGCACUAGUAGAUAUCACUGAAAUCCUUACAGAGACCAGAUUGACUCCUGAUGAACUUGCAAAUGCUAUCCGCACUGAAAUCAAAGCCCAAACUAAAUGCACAGCUUCUGUUGGGAUGG